AUGGCUUCGAUCAACUUGAUGCGAGAAUGUUGGGACACUAUAGCUUUGUCCAAGCGCAUCUACGUCGGUGCUAUUACAGUUGGAGUAAUAUGUGUAUCUGUGGUGUCGCCAUGGGUCGGAUUUGCUCUUCUGAGGCUGCUUUUUCGUCUCUUCUUACUAUUUGCUGGCUUUGUUAUUGGAAUUAUUCUCUAUACUUGCUUCGGGCAGCGUAGAACGAGACGAAUUUACUUAAAACCAAAUCCAAUCUCAGAAAUUCUCAGUAGGCAGAAACCUGCAACAUCAGACGCAACUGUUGCAAAGCCAACCGUCUUGUCUCGAUCGUUGGACCGAGCAUUGCAAGAAGUCUUCGAAAAUUUGUUUCGAGACUACAUGUUGACAUGGUUUAAGAAAGUAGCAGAAGAUGAAGAAGGCUUCAAGGCCAUUAUCAUGGAUGAAGCGUGGGUUAUAGUUGAAAAGCUUGCUCAACGUCUAAAAGCUGUGGAUAUGGUCAAAUUUUUGACCGAAGAUGUUGUGAUUAAACUUACAAACCACUUUCAAGAGCUCCGUCACUCACAACAUUUUCAAACUCGAGCUACAGGCUGUCAGUCCACUGCGUUUGUCUUACACCCGUGUGUAGAAUCUACUGCAAAGGAAGUAGAGUUUUUACGGGUUAUAUCCGAAGUGUUAGUGUGUGCACUGCUGCCUGACUCAGACUCACAGUGCACGGCAAUGAAAGUUCUGUUGAGGGAAGUCUUAGCCUUUCAAGUUCUGCAGCCUGGUAUUGAGGAACUGUGUGACCCAGACUAUAUCAACCAAACUUUACUAUCACAUCUUGAGUACAGGGAGGCUGUGACAGAGAAGACUAGAGCAUCGUAUGCGUAUGCACAGACAUAUGGUGCUUUUAUCAAGAUAAUAAAGGAAUGCCACGAAAUAGAGAAACUUCAAGGCAUUAGGUAUCACAUUAUUGCUGAGAUUAUGCAAGCAACAGUUAUACAGAACUUGAAGGAGGCAAAGGGAAUUGGUGCAGAAGAACGUGAUGCUGUCAUUGGUCAUGUCAAAGGAGAACUACUAAUGAACAGGAAUUUAAAGAGAUACAUUAAUCAGUGCAAGUUUGCUCAGAACUUGUGUGAAAAACGAAUUUAUGAACUUGGUGGCCCAGACUAUGAGAGUUCAGCAUCAGCAGAAUCUGAGAAGUUGCCUCAUAAUAUAAAGAAGAUUAGCUUUGCUGAACUGAUGUCUGAUGAGCUCGCUCGUGGAUUUCUAAUUCAAUUUAUGAACCAAAAGAGAACUAGUGCACCACUUAGACUUUGGAUUACCAUUGAAGAGUUGCUAAAGACUGAUCUUGAUCAGAUGAGAUACCAUUCUAGUAAACUCUACAAGUUACAUCUUGCUACAAAUGGUCCAGACCCUGUCAUGGACUUGCCCAGUAGUGUUGUGAUGGAUUUCAGUGCAUUCAGUGAAGGAAAGAAGGAUAAAAGGGCCGUUAUUGCUUUGCAAGAUGAAGUGUAUGAUUUAAUUGAGGAACAGUACUAUAGAAAAUUUCUUGGUAGUGAACUCUACUUUCGAUAUGUGAACGAGAAAGGACCUGACACAUCUAGGCUAUCUCCACCAGUGAGCGAGGAAGAUAAAGAUGAUUAUUGCUUGGUUGGGGAAGAGGACAAUAUGGAUAGAGCUUAUGCACUAAAACUAGACGUACUGAAAGGGAGUUUGAGAAAAAAGAUGACAGUUUUGAAGGGACUUCGUAGCAGACAAUCUGCUUCUCCAGAUAUUGCUCAAUUGCAAGUAGAGGUGGAGCAACUUCAAUCUGAAAUCAGAGAAUUGGACUUUCACAUUGAGAGAACUCAUGAGUAUGUAUCGACGAUAGGAAAAUGGAAAAUUCAGAUACCUUGUUGUGAGGUUGUGAUGGUUAAAGGUCAUCAUGUUCCAGUGUACACUAUUAUUGUACACAGAAGAUCCGACUCUGAAUGUGAAUUAUCUGACCAGGAAGAUGAGGAUAUGAGUUCAAUGGCUGCUGGGUCGUCAGGCUGGGUUGUAACUCGAAAACUGACGGACUUUGAGGCUAUGCAUAACAGUUUGAAAGAGUGUGGAUUACUAAAACAUGAUCUUCCAAAGCCUUCUCAAGGAUUGUUUGGCUCAAGGGAUAAACAUUUUCUGGAAAGGUCAAAGCAGUUACUUGAGAAAUACUUACAGUCACUGGUAAGAGAUGAGAAGUUAUCUUCUAGUGAGGAACUUUACCAUUUUCUUAUUCCGAGCCCAGAAAGGCUACGGCAAGGAAGCUUAAGACCAAUACCACAGAAGAAAUUUUUUCCAAUUGAAGUGUUGAAAAGUGUUCCAUUCUUGGGCGAUUUCAUUGAGUCACUGAUUGCUUCAGCAGAAGAAGCUGAUGAGGAUGAUGAUCUUGAUGGCUCACGUGAUAGACGUGACUCAAUAGCAGAGUCUCUGUAUGGCCUGAUACGAGAGGUGUUUGAGCUAAAGGGAGUCUUUAAAUGGCUGAGACGGCAACUGAUGGUUUUCGUUCAAGUCACAUUUGGAAGAACAAUCAACAAGCAAAUUCGAGAGACAGUCAAGUGGCUGACAUGCGAUGGAAUGAUUGUGUACUAUGUUCAUACAUUUCGUGAUUCGUGGUGGCCAAAUGGGAAACUGGCAGCAAGCAGAUCAGUCAGAAGUGAUGAGGAAAAGGCAGCAACUAAGGAAGCAGCCAAGGAAAAGCUAUUGAAAAACAUUCCAGCUGUUCUGCAGAGCUUUGUUGGUCAGAAAAAUAGCAGACAUGGAGUAUUGAAGGUGUUUGACUCCCUUCAAGAUGCAAGAACAAACAAACACAUCUUUUAUGUUCUGCUGGAAGUGGUGAUGCUCAACUUGAUUCCUGAAGUGAAGUCAGAAAAAGUCAUACAACAAAUGGAGGCAAUGCAGUUGAAUCAACAAAUUGUUGAUGAAUCGGAAGUUACAGUAUCAGCAACUGCAACUUGAUUAAUUAAUUACUGAUUUAAUGAGUUUGCUUCACUUGAUUUGUUGAUACACACGGUACCUACAGUAUACACGUAUACAUGUAUUUAAUUAAUAAAUAAUGGUAAUAACAGAGAAAUACA